AUGAAAAUUAGAGGGUUUUUGAUCAAACAUAGAGUCAGUUCACUUUUUCGGCGAGUUUACCGGAGAACUCAAUCGGCGGCAGGUUACAGACGGCUAGAUCGGUCUCCGAGGUGUAUGUCAAAUUUGUUGAAGUGGGGUGCUCGGCUCAAGACGAAAACAAUAGCUUUGUGUUCCAAAAACUCCGAUCUGCCUCGGAAUCCGGUUCUUGAAAAGUUUAUAGAGUCGCCGCGGGCGGCGGUGCCGAAAGGGAAAAUGGCGGUGUACGUCGGUCAGAAAGAUGGAGACUUCAAGAGAGUGUUGGUGCCGGUGAUAUAUAUAAACCACCCGUUGUUUGGUCAAUUGUUGAGGGAGGCGGAGGAGGAGUAUGGCCACGACCACCCCGGCGGGAUCACCAUACCUUGUCGGUUUUCGGAUUUUGAGAACGUGAAUACUCAGAUCGCCGCUGUAUGCGGUUUCCGGAAAAUGAUGACGUGGAAGCGUCGUUGA